AACUUUUGACAGCAAACGAAAACAAAAACAUCAAAAAGUUCGUAUACGUAUACCAAUUAUCUCGUGAAAAUUUACGUUCAUUCUCGUAUAAGCGUAAUUAAAUUAAGUGAUUCUAAUAUUUACCGCACCGUUUGUGUUGCAUUUAGUGUAAGCAAUCGAAGUUUCAUCCGUACGCCUUCGCAUUUCCAUUGCCAACCGUGAUUGCUUCUGAAUGGAUGCAGAAACGCUCAAUCGAUUACUGGGUGGUGACCGUUCCCGUCUGGGGGAGGCGCUGGAACAGUUUAACAAGCACAAUGCUCAGGUUUUCAGCUUCUCUAAUUUGACUACCACCGGGCAGUGGAUGCUACUCUGGACGCGAAUGUUCGAGUUUCUCUGCGAACCCGGUAUGCCGUGGCUGGUUGAGUGCCUGAUGGCGAUCAAAAUUCUCAGCCGUGAUAAAACCUAUCUGAACGAAGCCGUGCAGGCGGAACAGCUGGACUGUUUGCUCGAUCUGGCCGGUAUUGGGCCGGAGAGUAGCGCCAGUGUAACUGUGGCCGAGGAAGUUCGAGUGGAGGCGCUCAAAUGUUUGAGCAAUUUUAUCUUUCAAAGCCGAAAGUGUCAGGAACUUUGCUUGGGCAAUACUUCUACCGAGGGCAUCCUAAGGAGGAUUAAGACGUACAAAGAUGAUAACUUAUGCUACGACAUCCGAUACUUUGACAUGAAAGUGUUGUAUCUGUUGACGGCGAUCAACUGUGAUAUCCGAAGAAAAGUUCGGGAUGAUUUACAUGGAUUAACAUAUCUGACGGAAACGUUACACCUGUUCAUGAGCCAAGCUGCUGAAGCUAUGGAAUUUAGUGAUAAGGACGUUGAACUGAUCAAUGAAGUAUUAAAAGUUCUUUUCAAUCUAGCCGAUCGUUCUGCUCCUAAAGGCAUGCCAGAAGACGAAGAAGCGAGCCAAUUCCAUCGACUGGCAAUCGUUAUCCACGAUUUAUUUUUCUAUCGUACACUGAACCGAGACAAGAUCGGAUCAUUGCACUCAAAUAUCGUAAAUCUCUUGACCAGCAUUCCGGUAAGCUGUUACAAUGAGCUCACAACUCCGCUGAAUGGGGACGAGUUGGAAAACAAAACCUGUGUGCCGUUCGAAGGCAGAAACGUGUUUGUAUUAAGCGUUUUAGUUGAUUUUUUGCGAAAACACUUCCAAAAAGCCGAGAAGAAAACUGAACAUUACGAGUUACUGUCACCUAUUUUGACCGUAUUGGUUAAAUCCGUUGGAGCAUCCGGUUUAAACAGGCGAUACAUCCGGUCGGUAAUACUUCCACCACUGGUGAAUGUUAUGGACCGACCGGAAGUGGGCGACGAAUUGCGAAAUCAUUUAUGCUCACUACUGACCAGUCCGUGCAGCCAAAUCGCGUACCUCUCAGCUGAGCUUUUGUUUGUUAUGUGCAAGGAAAACGUCGGUCGUAUGAUCAAAUACACCGGCUACGGAAACGCGGCCGGUUUAUUCGCCAACCGCGGGCUGCUUGGGGGACGCCAAGGAAACACUGAUCAGUAUUCGUCUGAUUCCGAGGACAGUGACACGGAAGAGUACAAACAGAUCCAGCAUGCCAUAAAUCCGGUGCUUGGUUGCUAUGAACCGCCCAAGCCAAACCCGCUGGAGGGAAUGUCUGAAGAGCAGAAGGAAUACGAGGCGAUGAAGCUGGUUGCCCUGAUGGAUCAGCUGCAGCGGGCGCGUAUUGUGCAGCCUUGUAAAAUCGGCGAAGAUGGGCGCCCCCAACCGGUGGAACAUAUUUUAGAACUACAGGAUGAAAUUCCCGAACAGCAGCGGGACCAUAAACGCAAAACAUAAACGGAUGGGUCGGUAUAGGAGAGUUUCUGAUGUCUAGUCGAUUUUCGCGCGUAAUAUGGCGCUGUUUUGUAGCUGUUUGUUUCGUUCGAAAAUAUGGAAAAAGCUUCGUCUUACCGUAAAUGAUAACUUAUAUCUUAGUAUUUCCUAUCUUUCGAGUACUUGGUUGCAUCUACUAUGAACUCACAAAAACUAAUUCAAGUCAUGAUAAUGUGCAAACCUUUUGUCGCGUAGAUUCGAUGUAGAAAUCCUGUACGUGUUCAGAUUUUUAAACUUAGUUGACUAAGAUAAAUAAAAGCGAAAUGGUUAUAAAAUGCUUCUAGGUGUUCAAAACGAA